UGAUAGUUUAAGUAAAAUAACGGGAGCAAAGUGAUUUUGAUUUUAAUAUUAUUACUUCAACAAAAUAUAAUAUUUAACUGUAAAUAUGAAUGCACUUGCUCCUGAAUCCUUAUCUGAUAAAGAAAAGAAUGAACUUAUGCAACAAAUUAAGCAAGAAGUUGCCGUUGCAAGUGCACAAGAAAUGCUUUCGAAAAUGUCAGAGAAAUGUUUCAAAAAGUGUGUGGUUAAGCCUGGUACUUCUUUGGAUAGUUCAGAACAGAAAUGUGUAGCAAUGUGUAUGGACCGAUAUAUGGAUGCAUUUAAUCUUGUAUCAAAAACAUAUAGUGCUCGAAUACAAAGAGAGCAUGAUAGAAUGUAA